GCAUAUAGACGGGAACACGGCAAAUUUGUUGUCUCAUUUAGUUCGUGUUUUGUGCUUUUCGUUUGUGCGUCAAGUCAUGGUUAAUCGUCGUCAAGUGCUAAUUUAAGUUAGAUAAGUAUUUUAGUGAUAAGUGUGUCGGUGGAAAAAAAUGUACAAUUUUUCUUGUUGACAUUUUCGAGUGUACAGUGACAAAUUUCGUGUGAACAAUCAGAGGUAAACGGUGGGAUAAAAAACAAAAAUAAUAAAAAAUAAAUAUAAAAAAUAUUACGUGUGUCGGUCGGCGGUUUGUUUGUAAACAGAGCCCCGUGUGACGCGCUCUCGCUACGUAAACACUAACAUUAUACACUUUUCACGUGUGAAAAACUAUAAAAACAUUCCAGUUAAGUGAAAAUAUUUAGAAGUACAAAAAUUAAGUGUUAGUUAUUUUGUCGCUCAAAAUUGAUGUAUAGAUUUAGCGGUGUGCCAAAUUUUUCUCGUUGUUAAUUCUAGUCAUUGAUAAAAAUAGUUUACUUAAAUGUUUUAAAAUAAGUGUGUAAAAAAGUGUAGUUUCAAAGUAAUUCGAUGUGCAAUAUAUGUUAUUAUAUCUAAUUAAAUAAUAUAAAAAUAAAAAUUAAUAAAAAUAAUCCAAAAAAUAUCACUCAUAAAAACAGAAAUAAAUUCGCGUCAGUGAGAAAAACGGGGGGACGAGUACUGCCUACUACUGUUACUAUACCGAUCGAUAAUAUUACGCAUUACGGGGCGACUGUGAGAAGAGACGGAACGCACACAGACGCAGCUCUAACGCACACUCACACAACUCAGCCCCACCUCCUAAACACUCGCCCUCCGCGAAAAACGAAAGUAAACACGAGUGAGCUUUAAAAAAACUUGCAAACCGAAUUUAUAGAUUAAGGCAAACGAAGUACAAAGCACUGUGAUUAAAAAUUUGUGUUCAUUAAAGUCUGUUAACUGUGAUAAACAUGAUUGUGGGAGCGAAUAUGCGAAGUGUGAACCCAAUGUUGUUGGGCUACAACAUGCAAAACGUGAACAUGGUCAGCGUUCCUCAAAGUAGGGAGUCGAGCAUCGGCACGGCGCCGUCGACGCCGGUGCACAGCCACAGCUCCGACCCCAAGCGCUCGUCCCCGCUGACGCCGGCGGAGCGGACGGGCGCGCCGCCGGGCGCGGGAAAGGACGCCGUCAAACUGUUCAUAGGCCAGAUACCGCGACACCUCGAGGAGGACGACCUCAGACCCAUGUUCGAGGAGUUCGGCAAGAUUUACGAGCUCACAGUGCUUAAGGAUAAGCACACGGGCAUGCACAAAGGGUGUGCAUUUUUAACAUACUUCAAUCCUGAGAGCGCAUCCAGCGCUCAAACGGCUCUCCAUGAGAAACGGACACUACCAGGGAUGAACCGGGCAAUACAGGUGAAACCGGCGGACAGCGAAAAUAGAGGAGAUCGGAAGCUGUUCGUGGGCAUGCUGAGCAAACAGCAGACAGAGGAGGAUGUCCGUCAACUGUUCACACCGUUCGGCACAAUAGAAGAGUGUUCGAUACUACGGGGGCCGGACGGUGCGAGUAAAGGGUGCGCGUUCGUAAAGUUCAGCUCGCACCAGGAGGCGCAGGCAGCCAUCACGAGCCUGCACGGAAGUCAAACUAUGCCGGGUGCGUCAUCGAGCCUCGUGGUAAAGUUUGCAGAUACAGAAAAGGAGCGACAAUUGCGGCGCAUGCAGCAGAUGGCUGGUAAUAUGAGUCUGCUCAACCCCUUCGUGUUCAAUCAGUUCGGAGCCUACAGUACCUACGCACAAGUCAUCACGGAACAGCAACAAGCGGCGUUGAUGGUCGCUGCGACGGCACAGGGCUACAUCAGUCCGAUGACAGCACUGGCCUCGCACGCUCUCAACGGCAUGUCGAACACUGUGGUACCACCUUCCUCGGAUAACUUCUCUGGGCUAGCGAUAGGCACAGGUGGCGGGCAGCCGCUGAAUGGAGCUCUGCCAUCAUUGCCCUCUCCAACGAUGCCUGGCUUCAACAUGGCCGCUCAGACUGCUAACGGACAGCCCCCACCGCAAGAUGCCGUCUACACCAACGGCAUACAUCAGACCUUCACUGGACCUGUUCCAGUAACUGCACAAGGCCUGCCCAACGGUGAGGCAGCAGCGCUGCAACACGCGGCUUACCCGGGCAUGCAGCCCUUCCCCGGAGUCGCUUAUCCAGCGGUAUAUGGGCAGUUUCCGCAGCCCAUCCCGCCACCGAUGUCAACGAUUGCGCCUGCGCAAAGAGAAGAUUUUCUUAUGUUCCCAGGCUGCUCCAUCUCGGGCCCCGAGGGCUGCAACCUCUUCAUCUACCACCUGCCGCAGGAGUUUGGAGACGCCGAAUUGAUGCAGAUGUUUCUGCCCUUUGGCAACGUCAUCAGCAGCAAAGUAUUCAUCGACCGCGCCACCAACCAGAGCAAGUGUUUCGGCUUCGUAUCGUUCGACAACCCGGCGUCGGCGCAGGCGGCGAUCCAGGCGAUGAACGGCUUUCAGAUCGGCAUGAAGCGGCUGAAGGUCCAACUUAAGCGACCCAAGGAUGCCAAUCGGCCUUACUAACCCAAGACGCCGUCCCUGCGCGCUCAUCGCGUGCCCAUGGUGGCGGCCGGAGCGCACGGCACGCCCGAGGCGCGCCAGUUCGCGUGUUAUCAACAAUUCUAUGGAAUUUACUACACAUUUAUUGUAUAGCAAAUAUCAUUACCUACAUACUUACCUAAAGAAUUAUGCAAGCCCACUCGGCGAGUAUACUAAAUUAGUUAAAAGUAAUUUAUUAAAUCAGCGCGUAGGAAUGCUUCAUUCUUAUCAUUAUCGAUUAAUCAUUAAAUUACUCUAUUAUAUUAUUAUAUAUACAAUUUAUUAACUUUGAUUAAAUUAUUAUUAUUAUUAUAAAAUGACACGUUAUAAAAAUUUUGUCAUUCGUAAUCAUACUUCUACUUCUAAGUACUUAACGUUUAACUGAAACUUUUAACAUAAAUUUAUUAUACUAGUUAUUUGCUUGAACUAAGCCAAACUGAAUUUAUUAAGUAAGUUGAAAAUGUAAGAAAAAAAGUGUAUUUUAAUGAUUGUAUAUUGCAAGGAAACGCAGCGCCGCGGGCGAUAGCGCGCGUGUGCCUGGCAGGCAGCCGAUAUACGACAGAGAGCAGGUGGGCCGGCUCGGCCAGGCCGGCCGUCCGGUGCGUUCGGCCGGGCCGGCCUGCCUGUCCCUGUGCGGCCCGUCCGGCCUUCUCCGGCUCGGCCCGGCCCUGUCCGGCACGUCGCCCGCCGCGCGCGCGCAGACACUGUUGUCUCCCCCCGCCGAACUGAUCACACUAAUAUAAGUGCUCGCAUAGAUCACUAUUGGAGUAUUUAUAAUGUCCUAUAUUUUGUUAAAUUUUAAUGUGUGUGUGUAUGUGUGUAAGCUAUGUGGCUGGCUCGUACCACACGACAUUCUCUCACGGCGUUACUCGAGAUGACAAUGUACUGUACCUGCGAUUACCACGACACCACAGUGUGCGGCGAAUGUACAGUUAUACUAUAUACCUUGUAACUACGACUAUGUAUAAUAUUGAGUAGCACGUUGUAAUGACGCGUCUGUCUGUCCAUGGUACGGCCAGCAACCUCACAAACCUACAUGUUAGUGAACGAUGUUGUUGACAAAAUUAAAUGUUUGUAUUAACGCUGUGUACAAAUCAAAGUGCACUUCAUGAUUCAAUACUUAGGCCUUCGUUUCAAAAGAUCGUGUUAUUAUGUGUUGUAAAUUCCAAUAUGGGCUGUGAUAUAAAAAAUAUAAUAUCAACAUAAUGGACUGUACAGGCCGUUCGUCUCUGUAUUGCAUAUGUGUGUACCGCUCCCGAGCCGACCGCUCGCCGCGCCCCUCCUGCCAAACCCGAGAUCUUGCCAACUCUCACGUUCCGCUCUCUUCCUACUCUACCCUGUUAUUGUUAUCUAAACUUAACUUCCCUGCAGUAUAAUGAUUGAUACCCUUCCAAGCUAAACGAUCAUGAUAGGGACACUUUCAGAGAUUUACUCUAAAGAAAAAUCACUAUUUAUUUUUGUACAUACUAAAUGGAAAUUCCUGAAAAUGUCCCUGUGUAACAUGACAUUAGCUUACAAAUGUUAUGUUAUUUUGUUAUCAGAACAAAUGUGUCUGACUGUAAAAGAUCUGUAGAUAGUUAAUUAGACAAUACCGAGCAGAGAGGGCGCGGGGCGCGCGCGCGGCACACUCGCGAGGUCGCGAUGUCAAUUCUCUCGGAGCGCGCUUCCCCUAAUUUGUUUAAAGCAUUCGUGUGUGAGUGUCUAUACAUUAUACAUAUAUAAAAACUAUUCGUGUUAAGGUGUUGAAUACAAUAACUGUGACUUAAUGCGUCCCGGGAGUCAACAGUGAGUGGUGCGCGAACUAACAGAAUACAAAACUAGUGUAAUUUCUACUGAAGAAAUAGAUUCAUAAUCAAGAAAAGUACCAAUAUAAAUAUAUAAUAAUACGAGAUACCUUAGAUAUAUUGUGUGCGCGCGGGCGAGUCGCACAGCGUGGCACGCGCGGCGCGGCCGGCGGGGCCCGCGGCCUGGCCGUGGGGCCGUCACAGGGACCCAGGCCGGGCGGCGGGGGCCCACGCGCAGGGCCCGGCCCGGGCCACAGGACCCACAUGCAGUGGCCUGGUUCGGGUCGCCCUCCGCCACGCCGCCCGCUCUAGUCAAAUAUUACACUCACCACAAGACAUAGAAUUUUAUAUUUACACAAAUAAUUAUAUUAUAUUGAUAUAGUAUUCUAGUUUUAGGCGAUACUAUGAUUUACAAGUAAGCAGUGUGUUUAAACGAUAUUCGAAAAAAAAACAUAAAAGUAAAUCGUUUUAAGUGUUCUCUAGUUCUUUUCUCUAAAGUCUUAUCUCACCGUUGUGCAAUACGUUGUUACGCUUUUUAUAAUUGUUUUAGCCUCGUAUUUAUUUGAUUAAGUAUUUAUUUGAUGGAUGUUUCUUACGUUACCGUUGUAGAUAAUUCGUCGACGUGGUCUCGUUUCGUAAACCGACUGCGAGCCGGCCUCAGUAUGGUUAGGCAGUGUGUGUCCACCCUGGCCCUCGUGGCGGGCAGUGACGCCGCGGACGGCCACUGGUCGCCACUGGUCGCGCUCGGGUCGCAAGUGUUGAGUGCAACGCCGACGGCGGCAACGCCGCGCCGCGACCGACUUAGGUUACAGAUACACAAAUGGAUGCCAAACCCGAACACGUAUACUUAGUAUAUCGACUAUCGAUAAUAUCACCUCGUGGGUAAUGUAGGCGUAAUGCGCCCGGGCACCGCCCGGGACGAUUAAUAAUAUUGUGUACUUAUAUCUUUAUACUGAUUAAAAUUAAAAUUCCCUAAAAAUAUAUUGCGGAGACGCGAACAUUUGUAAUAGAUUAAUGAGUCCUUUCAGAAUGUAUAAAACAAUCGCCAUAAAAGUGAUUCUAGGAUACAGGGUAUGCUUUGCAAUUAUUUAAAUGUAUCUAAAUAAUUUCACGUAGGCAGAUAUUGCCGACUGUCUGCCGUAGAGUCCGACUCGCACACGUGCCCGGCGGCAGCGCGCCGCAUCACUCUCGGGUCCACUAGUCUGUCGCUACUUUUUAUACUGUCUCGUACUGUAGCGUAACCGCCCUCAUCCUCAUCUCACGCUGUCCAUUCUACUGCUCGACUACUGACGCGCUUCGCUCGCUUCGUUUCCGACAGCCGACAGGCGACAUCUUCACCCCAGUUAGUGCCACUGCGUUACUGAAGUAUCCUCACUCACUUGUCACGUGUCACUCCGCGGCAGCGCGACGUCACGCGACGCCACUCGCGACACAUCAACAACAUUCUUAGUAUUACGAAAUCGAAUUUCUAAAAACUAUUAACUCCUGACAUUUUAUAAUAUAUUUAUAUAUAUCGUUCGCAUACUCCAAUACGUGGUAGCGCACGCGUACACGUGAACAUAAUCGAUGCACUCAAGGACGUUUGAAUCGUUGGUAAGCGGUAUGCGAAUCGAAGGCGGGUCGUAUUAAGGCGAUAUAGUUAGUUAGAGGUCGGGCGCGGGCGGCAGGGCGGGCGUGACGUCAUUCGCGCGAUAUACAACGCGCCCGCCGCGCCCCGCUCGAUGUUACUUAGUACAUAAGGUGAAUGCCAAUAUUUUAAUCAGAAAAAAAACAAACCUUAGAAUUGGGAAUUAUUAAUCAUAUUAUAUCUAUUUAUAUAAUAAAAAUAUGGAGAGAGCGCAUAGUGCUUUUAUGAAUAGUAGGUUCUAGUAUUGAAACAAAACGAUCUAGUCAUAUCUCCUUUCUGUUAUUUAUUUUUUCUAUCGCUUAGCAUAGUUUAGCUUCAAGCACACGUUCGUACUUACUUUAUUAUAUCGUACUUGUCUUAUUUGUGUACUAGCGUGUACCUGUUACUGUUGCGUUCCUCGGCUGUACUAGCUGUACUGGCUGUACUGGCUGUACUAGCUGUACUCUCUAGUACUAGCAUCUACUACUAGACACUCGUUGUUAUCUUAACUUCCUAACUUACUGCAUUAGAUCGACAUAUUUUCACAUAAACCUACUAUAUUAUAUGAGAUGAGAAUAUACUACUAAUUUAAUUUUUGAUAAGUUAUCCAGAAUACUGUUACUGCAGCAGCCCUACCUUUAGAUUAGUUAAGGUUAAUUGAGAUAAUUUAUCGGUAUAGAAUGGUAGAGCACGAGUUAUGAAUGGUAUAACCGUUUGGUUAAGUUAGAGGUUUAAAGUUACCUUAGGGCAAGUUAUUGGAGUAUGAUUUAGGUAGAGAAGAUUACUCUCAUAGUUCAGCUAAAGAUUGUAAGCGGCGCGGGGAGUGCGCGCGUGAGGCGUCGCGGGCACUCGGCGCGCCGCAAUAUCGCGCCGUCCGUAACAUCUCAAAUAAUAUAUUGUUACCGAUAUCAGUUCCCUAGUUUGCUUCACCUACCCUACUGGAUUCUUACUAGUUAUCGACUCUGGACAGACGUCACAGGUUAUUUUUAAAUUGUAAAGUCGACCGCGGCCACUGGAGCUCCGUCCCGCACACACCGACCGACUUCAAAGUACUUUAUAGAUAUUGACAAGGAUUUAUCCUAGCGUAGAGAUAUAAUACGAACUGCCAAGUAACAGAACUUAUUGUAGAUGUAGUGUACGCUUACUGCAGGUAGGUAGGUACGGUGUGUCGGCCGGGGCCCGGCCGCGGGGGCUGCGUGUGUACCUAUGUUCCACAGUAAUUCGAUUUGUACAUACAUAUGACGUCAUAUCUUUAGGAGCUUACUAGCCUUUUGCCCCGGGACCGCCCGGGCGGGUGACAGGGUGUCGCUGUGUUAAUGCUAAGUGGAAUUCAUAAUCAUUAACCGUUUUUUAGAAUGGUUACACGCCAUACUUGAUAAAAUGUAAGGGUAAAAUUAUACGGGCGACUGGACUGAAGCCGAUACUGAACUGUACAUUAGAACAGCCCACUUACAACACGAAUUUGAAGAUAGCUUGUAACUACAUUCUAUGCAGAUGAAGCUCGUGUUCACAUUUUGAAGGUUCUCAGUCGCCUGAUAAACCCGAGGUGUAUAAAAUGAUGAACCAAUUAAAUACUCGUAAACUAUGUCCCUUACAUUGUUCUGGAUAACUUAUAUUGGAAUAGUUUAAGAGUGAGCGAGGACGGUAUGUGUUCAGGCUUGUUCGGGACCUGACACUUGUAAUCGAUUAAGAUUCUGUAAAAGAUUGGUCUUUAUAUAUAAUCGAUCAUCGACCACACUCGAUGCCACCCACCAAUGUAUUAUAACUGUAAAAUAGUAUAUGAAGAAUAAAUUAUAUACCCUUUAAAUUAAUAUAACUAUAACAUUGUGUAAAUAAAAGACCAUCUAAUACUUAUGUAUAAACUAAGGUAGUGUUUCAGUCGUUUCAAACAAAAUAUAAUAUAUGAGAAUGCCUUCAGAGUUGGUGUUUAUAUUUCCCCGAAUAAUCCUGAAUAUCUCCGUGUUUCUGUUUGCAUAUGUAUAGCUUACGAAGGGACACCACACGGUGCCUGUGAUAUACGCUUGUAAUGAUCGUCCAUACAACCUACCUAUGUACUUACGACACUUUAUGUUGCUCUCCUACACUCGUAAAGCGUUACCAAAUAUGUACAAUGUUGAUGCCAUAACUAUAUCAUUUUAUUAAACUAACUCGAAUUAAUUUUAUUAUUAUUAGUGUUAAGACAACUAUCGAUAUCGGUACACGAGUUUUUUAAACGAGUAACAUUUUUAAAGUUUGUGAGCUGGGAACAAACCAUCUCUCUAACUAGGAUUUAUUCAUCAAAUUGUUAUACUAAAAUAGAGAAAAAUUAAGAGUUGAGCGCGUGUACCGAUAUCGAUAGAGUUUCAGGCUACCUAUCGAUAGAUAAGUUAGUUAUCGACAACACCGGAUGUUCGCGAUAUUGAACGUUGUACAGAGGCUGCCUCCAAGCAGUUAUGUUUCGUCGCUAACACUCAGCCCCAAGUUGUUGUACUAAACAAUUUAGUUAAAUAAAUACACUAGAGAAAUUAUUGUUUAAUGGGAUCGUUGACCAGUCUGCCCAGUUGAAGACACACUGAAAUAAAUACGUUCAAUCUUUAAAUAAAGUUUUUAAGAGACUUGUUAAAGUCGCCUACUAUUUAACUUUUAUAGAGUAUUCGAUUAUGGCAUUGGAGUUAUUGUUUCGUUCCUGAGACUGGGCCGACUGCACCACAUGUGUAAUACGUACGCGGAGCCUUGUUCCCACACUGACCUCCCGUACUUAUUAGCUAGCCAUUGAAAUGUUUAUUCUCAUAUAUUGUUAUAGUUCGCCAAAGAUUUGUAAAGAAUAAAUAAAUAAAGAGUGUUAUUAUCACUUUUGAAACGUCGCUAGUUAAUCGUUCAUUUUUAAUUUUUAUAUUUAUGAACUUUUAUUAUUAUUAGUGUAGUAUAAACAGACAGAUUAUUAGCAAAUUGUGGGAUAUGUUCAAUGUUCAUAGAUACGAGUUAAUUAUGAAACUAAUACAAUAAUGAUUCGCCUACUUUGCAUGUUUUAAUUUAGUUAUUGAACUUUUAAACCUAUUAUCGAGUUAUUAAUAUGUAUAUUGCUGAAAUAUUUUAAAAACUAAAUUACUAUUCAAUUAUUUAUUAUUAUACACUUAUUACGUUUAGUAUGCUAGAAAUAUGAUGAAGGAUAAUAAAUAAUUUUAAUUAUAUUA